AUGGCUCUCUCCUUCGAGCGCCGGCCGCGCAUGUCCUGGCUGCAGAAUGCCGCGGGCUUCCUCUCCCUCGCGCUCGCGUGGAUCCUGCAGCGCGUACCCUUCUCGGCGCACUUCUGCGUGAUGCUGCUCGGCAUGCUGGGCCCCGUCUUUGCGCCGCAGCUCGUCGCCUUUGUCGUCGUCGCCGUGCACAUCGUCUUUGUCGCCUGCCAGACGCGCUCGGCGUACGGCGUCUGGGCGUGCUGGCGCGGCACGCUGGCGCACUCUCGCCGCGACUGGCGCGAGUACCACGCCGACGAGCGGCGCAAGCUGGCGCGCCACGGCGGCGCAGACCAUGUGCUUGACAUUGACGACGUGCAGCACAUCAUCAUUGUGCCGGCAUACAAGGAGGACCUGGCGACGCUGCGCGAGACGCUCGAUGUGCUCGCAUCGCACCCGCUGGCGCCGACGAGCUACCACGUCUGCCUCGGCAUGGAGGAGCGCGAGGCGGGCGCGCCGGCCAAGGCGAGCAGCGUGCUGGCGCCGUACCGCGCGCGCGGUGCCUUUGCCAGCAGCGCCUUCUCGCUGCACCCGGGAUCGAUUUUGGGCGAGAGCGCGGGCAAGUCCUCCAACGUCAACUGGGCCGCACGGCACAUGGCCCGCCGGGCGCCCGUCGACCACAGCCGCACCGUCGUCACCGUCAUGGACGCCGACACGGCCUUCGCCGCCGACUUCUUCCUCUCGAUCUCCGCCUACUUUGCCCUCGCUCCCGCCGACCGCCGCCGGCGCACGUACUACGUUCCUCCCACGCUCUUCGACCGCAACGGACCGGAUGUGCCCAUCUUCAUCCGCGUGACGGACGUCUUCUGGAGCUGCGCCGGCAUUGGCCAGAUCUACCCGAGCUCGGGCUUCAAGGCGCCCACGUCGGCGUACGCCGUGUCCAUGGAGCUCGUCAAGUUCUGCGACUUCUGGGAGGGCGGGCCGGAGGCCAUCGGCGAGGACCUGCACUUCAGCGUCAAGGCUGUCUUCGACACCAAGGGCACCGUCAUUGCGCAGACGAUCUACAGUCCCGCCUCGCAGCUGCACGUUGUCGGCGCGCCGGCCACUGGCCCCGUCAUGGCGUACGUUCACGACCUGCAGGCCCGCUGGAGCCAGGCCGUGCGCCACCUCUGGGGCUCGCUCGACUUUGGCUACUCGUGGCACCGCGUCCUGACCGGCCAGUUCGGCCCGGGCCAGCGCAAGACUGGCUACGUCGCGCUCAACACCGAGGACGACGAUGACGACAUGGACAUGCCCGCGCCGCGUGACGAGGAGGAGGGCCUCAAGACGACGUACCUGCUGCCCACGGGCGUGCACCUCGAGGACCCGCACCGCUACCCGUCGCCCUCGAACACUGCCACGACCGACACGACGCUCACGGACUUCGACACGGUCAUGCUGCCGCGCGCCGCCAAGAAGGCGCACGGCGACGACGACGGCCAGGAGUCGGACAGCUCGGGCGAGGACAUCUGCAUCAAGCACACGCACGCGCGCGGCCUCUCGCUCGCCUCGCGCCCCGGCCGCAUGCUGCACAACGUCAUGGAGGCCGACCUGGCGUGCGAGAUGCCCGCCCGUGCGCGCAUCAUGCCGUUCAUCUCGCUCUUCUUCCGGCUCUUCGAGGCGCACAUCAUGAUCGCCUCGAUGUUCGUCCUCACCGCCAUCCUCACGAUCUACCCGUCGGUCGUGUACCGCAGCGGCCGCAUGGCCUUCACCGACCCCUUCAACCGCCCCUGCACGUGGGAGAAGUGCGUCCAGGCCAUCUUCGAGUCGCCCUUCUCCGCCGGCGCUGUGCUGCCGCGCGACACUGCGCCCGGCAUGACGCCGGCGUGGAUGAUGCCCGACAUCGUCAUCUGUGCCGUGCAGCUCGCCCGUGCGCUUGGAGGCAUCGGCAUUGCCGCGACGAUCAUCAUGUGCUGCCUGCACGACUACUACCACAAGGCUGCCGCCGUGACACGCUGGACGGAGUCCGAGGCGGUGGCUCGCUCGUGGCGCGAGGCUGGCAGCGUCGGCCGCGCGCCGGCACGCUACCUCGGCGUGCGGACGGCGCAGACGUGCACGCGCAAGUGGCCCCGGGCGCUGAUCGACUACCUCGCCAUUCCCGCCGGUCUGGCGUACGGCGUGGCGCCGAUGCUGUAUGCGCAGCUCUGCCACCUGCACACCAACCGCCUGACCUACACCGUCAGCGCCAAGAGCAAGACGAUCGUCCUCGCCACGCCCUUUGUGGCCGAGGCAGAGACGCGUCUCUCGCUCGACGCGUCGCGCCGCAGCAUCGAGCGCGUCCGCCAGUCCGUCGAGAUUGGCCGCAUCUCCAGCGACGGCCGCGGCAUGCGUCGCUUCUACAACCCGGAGGGCUCGAUGCUCAGCGAGAAGGACACGCUCGACGCACGGCCGCUGCUGUCCCGCUACUAG